AUGGUUAAAGAAGAAAAUUAUAAUAAUAAUAAUAAUAAUAAUAAUAAUAAUAAUAAUAAUAAUAAUAAUAAUAAUAAUAAUAAUAAUAAUAAUAAUAAUAAUAAUAAUAAUAAUAAUAAUAAUAAUAAUAAUAAUAAUAAUAAUAAUAAUAAUAAUAAUAAUAAUAAUAAUAAUAAUAAUAGUCGAUAA